CGCUGGCGCUGGUGGUAACACUGGUGUUGGACAGGUGAACAGUCCACCGAUUCCCAACUAUCUGGCAAUGUGCGUCAAUACCGGAGAUAUUUAUAAGACUCUCGCCGAGAUAGAGACAUCGCAGAUCAUGUCCGACUCCCAGGCCUUUUUGAAAAUGCGUGAGAAGUACCUGGAAGUUAGGGGCUUCCGCUCGAGGUUUCAUGCUUUGGUGAAGCCGGUGACUUUGAGGUUUGUGAAGUUUCAGCUCUGGGACCUCCGCAACGGCUACAUUUCCAUCUGCGAGCAGGACUGCAUCCCUUCGGACAGGACCGAGUACGACUAUGUACCGAGCGAUAUCAAGCCGCCCCCAAUGCCGCCGGAGGUGUUUAUCCACUAUCUCGAGCACGACGAGGGGGACAUCAGCCCCUUGCGGAACCACUGGCUCCCGCGGCUGCCAAAGAAGCGGCGCACGCGGGUCAUCACGGACGCCACACUAGGAUCAGACGCAUGGGGUAUCCACAUCAUCGAGGGCCCCAACCGCGAGGUCGUCUUCUGGGUUUGUUUGGCCACCAUUGCGGCGAGCGUGGUGGCCGGUGUCCUGUGGUCGGGUCUGCGGGCGGAUGUGCCAGGGGGGAUGGGGAUUGGGUCUCUGGCCGUGGCUGUCCCUCCUGCUGUGCUGGCCAUCUUUCUUUUCAGGAUGGGCGGGCUCUGACAGGACAGAAAUUUGGCUGUCGUUGCGUGCUAUGGAGGUAGGUGUGUGUGUGUGUGUGUGCGUGUGUAUAAAGAGAAAGGGAACGGAAUAUCAUCAUGGACUAGGAGAGUUUUCAUCAACAUGAAAAGUCAUUAAAUCUGCCUG